CAGACAGCUCAAGCUUACACUGACCACAAGAAUGGACGUGAUGCUCGGGACGCCUGGUUCCAUUGACGUGGCCGACGACAACUCCACCCUCAACGACCCCAUCGUCCGGCACCUUGACCUGCUGUUCCACGCUCUCAUCGCACUGUACAUCCCGCUCAUCAUCGUCAUCAACACGCUGGUCUUCUGGGGCAUCGCGCUCUACCCAGGCUUCAACCACAGCAACAACAUCUUCCUCCUGUGCCUGUCUGUCUACGAUUUUCUCGUCGGUGCCUUCGCGAUGCCGAUUUAUCUCAUCCGUUAUUUUAAUUUGGAGGCCGUGGAUGGAAAUAAACACAUGUGCAUGCUGCGGUUUUUCUCGCUGACCUUAUCUCUGUUAGGUUCGCUCUACUCUUUGCUUAUAAUUACAAUCGAUCGCUAUCUAUCGAUAAUAUUCCCCCUCCGAUACAAGAACUGGAUCACAGCCGAACGGGCUAAAAAGAUGGUUGUAGCGUUUUGUAUUUUUAAUGCUUUUCAAGCGAGUAUCCCCAUGAUGGGCUGGAACUAUUACGACUACAGAGUACCGUUGCAAGACCGGUGCGUCUUUUUUCACGUUCUGCACAAAGUCUACACCAAGGUGCUCGUGUUCUUGCUGGGUUUGAUGUGCGUGAUCAUCUCCAGCAUCCUCAACAUUCACAUCGGCAUCAUCGUCAUGCGGCAGGUGAAAUCGUUCGCCAAGGAGAGCUCCGUUUGGACGUCGGAUCAGAUCCGGUCGUUCCGUUCUCGGAUAAACUCCAUCAAGGUAACGAUCGCGCUCAAUGUUUUAUACAUCGUGCUGUGGGCUCCCUUCUUUCUAGACUCCCCGAUGAAGUUAUACAACGUACUGAGCAAGAGAGAUUCAGCGAUCUUGCGCUACGUCAGCUUGCUGAUGGUUUACUCCAGCUCCAUCUACAACGGGAUGAUCUACGCGACGAUGCGCAAGGAGUUCAGACAGGUAUAUUGGAUCAUGCUGACCAACCCGCCGUGGAGGUGGAGGUUUAGAUUGCGCCUGUACCACAAAGGGUACCACUCCAUCGUCGGCACGUCCACGGACAGGUCCUCGGCUGUGGUGAUAUUUGCCCCGGGAGAGAACGUCAGCGCGGCGAAGGAGGAAGAGGAGAGAAUAUCCGAGGCGGCGUCGACGAAGGAGACGGUGGUGAGCACGGCACGCGAGGCGGAGGUCAAGAGCCCCGGGGAGGAGAUGGUGGGGACGUCGGUGGACCAGGGUCAGAGGCACCAGAAAAAAGUGAAGGCACAGGAGAAAGAGAAGGUGUCCAGCUCCAUCGCCACCUCCGUCUUCGUGGUCACGUAUCAGCCGAAAAAAAACGGAGGAGCCGGCGGAGGAGCAGGGGGGUGGGGAGACCAAGAAGGACUGAUUAUACUAGUGGGGGAGGGGGGACAACAGGACUUAUUAUACAGAGGUGGGGGGGGGGGACAACAACAUGGGCAGUCGGACUGA